AUGCUAAGCUACACCGACGCCGCAUUGCCUCUUUUCCUUUCUUAUGCCCUUUACCUAGCAAUCUACCGUUUACUCUUCCACCCUCUCAAGUCAUUUCCAGGUCCGCGCCUGGCCGCUCUCACAGGCUGGUAUCAGACCUAUUACGAGGUUUUCUGCGACGGUCUAUUUGUCCAGAAACUCGAAGAACUACACAAAUUAUAUGGACCCGUCAUUCGUAUAAAUCCUAAUGAACUACACUUCAGCAGCCCGCAAGCUUACUUCUCCAUCUACUCCUCUCAAGUAAAAUUCAUCAAAGACCCAAAUUUCUACUUUUGCUUUGCUCAAGACGAGUCCUCAUUCGGAUUUACUGAGCAUGCCGUUGCAAAGAAACGGAGAGAUUUGCUCUUGCCUUUUUUUUCUCGUCGAUCGAUCCUCCAGAUGGAGGGUAUCAUCCAGUCAAAGGUUGACACCCUACUUCUCCGCCUUCAGAAGGAUUACAAAGACAAACCUGUUAACCUUUACGCUGCCUUCAAAUCCCUGACCAUGGACAUCAUCACUGCCUUCUGCUACUCUCACUCGUUCGACGCCCUUCUCUCCCCAGACUUCUCUCACCCGAUCCUUCUCAGCCUCGAACGUGCCAUGCCUAUGAUGACGACUAUCCGGCACUUUCCCGUCCUUCAGCUCCUCUACCGUCUCCCCGAGUUCCUUACCCGCUAUCUCAACCCUGAUACUAUCGGUUUUGUUCACCUUCGAAACGCACUGUCUACCCAGAUCGACGGCAUCUUAGAAAAUCCUUCAUCCCUUGACGGCAUGCAUGAGACGAUUUACCAUAGCCUGCUUUCGCCCGAGAAAUUCAAAUCAGGCGAGGUACCAUCGAAAAAGUCUCUAUCAGAUGAGGCCCAAAAUUUACUCUUUGGCGGAACGGAUACAACAGGCAACGCAAUGACGAUUGGCUUCUUCCACAUCAUGCAGAAUCCGGAGAUACAUUCCAAAUUGAUGGCAGAAUUACUCGACGCUUGGCCUAAUCUCGAGUCGCCCGCGUCGUAUGAAGUUUUAGAGAAAUUGCCGUACUUGACAGCCGUCAUUAAAGAAUCACUACGCAUCAGCAAUGGUGUUCCAGUUGCUAAACCACGCGUUGUCGAUACCCCUACUAGAAUUGAAGGUGUCCUCGUUCCGGCCAGAACCUCCGUUGGCAUCGGCAGCACGUUCGUCCUCAUGAACGAGGACAUCUUUCCCAACCCGCAUGACUUCAACCCAGAACGGUGGCUCCAACCUGGAGCGUCUCUCGACAAGUACCUAAUAUCGUUCUCAAAGGGCCCUCGGGCUUGUCUUGGUGUCAACUUGGCUUGGUGCGAGCUGUAUAUCCUCUUUGCGAAUCUACUCCGAAAAUUUGAUCUGAAGAAUCACGAGACAAACCACGUCAACUUCCGAUAUCACUUCUUACCGGCAUUCCGUGAUAAGCAUUUGCAUGCCAUCGUCACCGAGCGGGAAUGA